CGGUGACCGGCUUCGAGUAGUGUUGGGAACAUUUGCACCAGAAUGUCGACAUUCUUACCUACAGUGGCCCUGGUAAUCAUCCUUGUCCAGGGUUCGGUGUCGCUAGUAACUGGCAAUGUUGCAACAAGGACAGAGAGGCAAGCGAGCAAGCAUCAAGCCCAUCGCCACAAACUACUGUAGUAGUACGUUGUAUGGCACACCACUAUCACCACUUCUGGUAUCACCAAACAUUUUACACGAAAGCAGCGCGUUCCAACUGUUGAGGCCCCGGCCGUGAUCGGCGGCCUAUCGAUACGUGUCCGAGGAACUCAGAGGUGCGAGUGCGAGCAGUAAGAGGCUGGGUCCGCCAGACCCUGGCAUCGCCUCUGGCUUCAACAUCAACCAUGGGCCUUGUCCGUACAAGGGCGGCCUCGGGUUUCAGUAACAAGCCCACCACUCUUGUGGUGAAUCCAGCAUCGAUGCUACCGAAGACGGAUUUGUUGCUGGUGUGGCCUGUGAAUGUGCUGAUUGCUAUGUAGCAGUGAGCAGCCACAUAGCACCUUUGAGCCGUUCUCGCGAGUCUAAUCGGCAGGUGGACCUACGAGAAGCCGAGCCUGCGUGUCCACCGAGUGUAGGAGCAAGAUGAAACACGCGAUCGACCUUGGUGGCCCCCAAGAAUGACGGGGAAGAAACCAAGAGCCACAGCCCACAACCAUCCGAAGUCGAGAAUUCUCCAUUCUGUAACUCUCCCCGAUGCAUGCUGCUAGCAUUGUGCCGGCCAGUGACAGCGAGUAUGGUCGACAUUCUACCUUUCAUUGCCCCGAGCACUGCAUAUGGCAUGUGCAGCUUCAAGCCUCGCACGCCACAGAGUGCUCAGCGUGCAGCUUACACGAGGAGACGCGUUGGAAGAAGGCAAGAAGAGUAAAGUCAAACGCGGCAUCUGAUGACAUGGUGUCGUGUCAAAAGAUGACGCUCGUACUGGCCGGCAAAGAGAGUCUACCAGCCUUUUUGGGCACGGAUUGAGCACUCGCCACUAUUUUACGUGCACUUGUGUGCGAGUUGUGCUGGACCGAAAACCUAGACCGCGCUUUCACGCGGGUACGGAGGUGUACCUGCAUAUGGAGCAUGGGCCAGCGGGAGUGAGUGGCUCUGCCAGCGUCUGAGACACACGCGCCAGUCUGCACAACCCCAAAAUGCCCUCGGCAGCUCAGCUCUGGCACUGCACAGCCAGAGUCUCUUGCCACCGGUGCCAGGCCUAAGUCACUCCCGCCUGCAGUGGCCGUAGAGAGUCAAAAGCAAAAGACAGCCUGUCAAGGACUGUCAAACGGUCAACGCCCAGCGCAAACCACCUGUGUUCGCAUCGAGGGUCGGCUUAUACGGACUUGCAACGGUGGGUGGAGGAGCCUCUACAUGGACUUUGUCCCAUGACCAACCUCCAGCGUCUACAGCGGUCGUGUCGACUGUACAGACUGCACAGAUUAUGAGGUUUUGCGCAGGACUGUGAUGUUGGUACCGAUGAUGGUAAUACAGGUUUGUGGUCGGGUCCAAGAAUAGAGGUCCGACAGCGAUUCGCUCGAGGCAUCCCAGCGGCAGCUUAUCACCAGCUUUUCUCCCACGUCACACCCCUGAUUGGCGUCCGGGUUCCCAGCGACUCGCCCAGUCGCUGAACGCGCUUGGAUGGAGUUUCGCGACCGCCAGAUGCACGUACACAAACGCCAAAACUUGUUGAUGCUCAAGGACAUCGAACCGAGCGUCGCUCACGUUUUCAGGUUGUCAGCGACAGGACCUAUCGAGGCAGAUCCUUUGCCAUCUUGGACUUGUCUCCUCCGUGUCAUGAUACGUGUCGUAGACCAAUGAUAUCAUCCAAGUUCGCCUCUCUGCUGUCCACCACAAGCGUCUUGCUCGAGAAUGGCUGGCUCAACGACGCCGGGAGUGAUUCGGUUGUAUACACUAGGGCUCAACCACGAUUCUACAAUACACCCAUACGAAUCCAGUGAGCGUGUGCAUCAGUGAAAGUCUGCCCUUUCAAGCGCUCAUAUGUGAUGGAGGUGUUGAGGAGCACCAAUAAUAAACAUUAGGCACAAAUCGAGGCCACCAUUUGCCUCUACAGGCUUGCUCGAUAUCUCUACACAAGCACACCGUCACAGGCAAAGCCCGUGCAAUCAGGCCACAAGCAUAAACUGUACAGGCAAGGCCCCAACGAGAACCAGUUCGGCCGGUGCGUCAUCGGGAGCACGACGGGCGGAAUGGUGUGCUAGACAGGGUGCAAUUUCCCGUGCAUACGACUGAUGUGUGACAGACAGUGUGAGCGUCACCCAGCACAGCCCAGAUGGGUAGCAGACAGGUCGACAGAAAGGCAGACAGGUAGAGGGAUCCUCCAAGACCACCGUGACUUGCUCCUCCCGAUCCUCUUUCGCCUCGGGAGCCAGACACCAGGACCGCCGCUCUAAGAGUUGCGGCUAGACAUGGUGGGCCAUGUUAGUGGAUGAUAGUCUUUGAGACGGACGGGGGCGGUGGUGAGACCUCCAGCUCCACCAUCCUCCAGUCGACUUGCAUGGGUCGCGACGACGGUCCCGAACGCAGCGCCCGUUCCUGCAAGCCUCUAUCCAUGCCAGUGCCCCAUCGAGCGGGUGGCCCAGGUCACUGGUCGAUGGGAUGGCCGGCCGUUCAGACCCUCUCAACCCUCAGGGCACUUAGCGAUCACUCUUUAUGGCUCGUCCUUGCACCUUGCUCUAUCAUUCCUCCUCCGUCUCUCAUAUCGAAGGCAAGACGCUCUUUUGUUCCCCGCGAUCCACGCUCUUUUGUGUUGUUAUAUCUCUCCUUGACCAGGCCCCCUUCCCGGAUCUUGUUCACCACUCUUGUACAACACCAGGGUACCAGUGAACAUAGUAUCCAGUCCUUCCUUACAAGCCUGUGCCAACAUUGUACCAUAUCAUAAUCGUCUCUCUCUUGUCUACAUACAUACAUCCCACGAACCAAGGACGACCUUCUGAAGACGGUCACCAGCAUAUCUGUAUCUAUAUGUACAGCUAGUCACAGCGAGACCUCAAGACGACCACUGUCAUUCAUUCGACCACAACUUCUAUAUAUCAGAGCGUGUACUACAACAAGCCGACGACCGAGCAACUUGCCUUUGAAACCCGACGUCUGCCUUCGCAACAGAGCGAGGCAAGACCCCAAUAAAAGAAACAAAACAUCCCACAAACCCAUUCCCAAUGGAAGGACCAUAUCCCAUGGCUGGCCAACAGAUCCAGUUCUACCAAUAUCGGCCAGACUCGGACGCACGACAUAACGCUGUGUUCACGCCCAUGCCUGGCGAGCAGCCGAUGUUCAGCCCCAUGGCCGCGUAUCCUCCUCAUCACCAUUAUAUGGCUCCUCAAUACUGGCAACCACCGCCUCACUUCGCCCGAGCCCAUUUCAUGCCGCACCAGGUCAUGACUCCCCAGGCCUCUCCUCCUUUGUCGCUGGCCGUGCCGAUGCCCAAAUUCGUGGUCGACCACAAUGGCCCAAUGGAGCAUGCUCACAUGCAUGAAGGCCGGCACUCUUCACCACCGACCCCGGGCUUGUCAGUCUGCCCGAGCACCGCGAGCAGCCCGCCGGCUAGCAGCGUGCACCAAACGCCUGUACACGGCCCAGGGUACUUCCACCUGCCCCUGGAGGCAUCAAAGGAGGAGAUGCAGCCAAUGCCAUUUUUGGAUGACUGGAUGGAAAACGGACAAGUUCACCUUUUCCCGCAUCCUGGCGAUGCCAAGCUCAUGCCCAGCAAUUCCGCUUCCGGCAAUUUCAACAACUCCAACUUCAGCGCUUCCUUCGCUUCAUUCACCUCCUCCGCCUCGGGCUGCACCUCUCCAUCUCUGGAGCCUACCUCUCCCCAGUCCCAGGUCUCACCCUCGUCUGCAUACCCUGUGGCCGAGUUUGUCAACCUGCGCGACCUGAGCUCGGCUUCAUUCGAGUCCAACCCGCCUGCCGCAGUCCAGACCUUCCCUCCUUUGCCCACUCUGUCCGCCGAGGACGACGAGCACAAAUUUGCGUUGGGCACCUCUGCGUUCCCCAUCACCCCGGAGCAUGACACGGCCGAUCCAUUCACGCUUCCUCAAAACCCAUCCUUCGAGUCGUCCUUCUGCACCGAACUAGACUCUGAGGACGAGUUCAGCUUUGUCAACUUUACCGAGGCCGAGAUCGCCUACAACGGUGACAAGAGACAGAGAUUGUCGUCGGCUGAAGAGGAAGACUUCUUGAGCGUCCACAGCUUUGGCAGCUUUGAUGAGGACGACCACGCUCACGCUGGCCUUCCCUCGCCUCCGGCAUCCUCGUUCUCCGACGCGGGUUCCUGCUGCGCCAGCAAGAAAAGGUCGUCGUCUCAGCGCAAGAUGAAGCGCAACGAUUCGACAGAUGGGGAAUUCGAGUACCAACACAUCACCGAGGCCGAUGGUGCCAUGGACAGCCACGCUGAGGGACAGACCAACUCGUCGGCAACCUCUCAAGGCCAGCAAAACUCCGCUGACGACAACACCACCUCGGUCCACCCCGAUGGCACCGGCCAGUCGCAGCCCACUCCUACCAACCGCCGUGGUCGCAAGCAGUCUCUGACCGAAGAUCCUUCCAAGACCUUCGUGUGCACCUUGUGCUCUCGUCGCUUCCGCCGCCAGGAGCACCUCAAGCGUCAUUACCGCUCUCUGCACACCCAAGACAAGCCGUUUGAGUGCAACGAGUGCGGCAAGAAGUUCUCCCGAUCCGACAACCUUGCUCAACACGCCCGCACUCACGGCAGUGGUGCCAUUGUCAUGGAUGUCUUGGAGAAUGGCGAACUCCAGCCACAUCAACCUUACAAUGAGGAGAUGGGUCAUGUUCUCUACGAAGCGGCCCAACGCGCCGCCAUGGCCACCUCCUCCAGCAGCAGUGGCUCCGAGAGCUCGUCUUCGGGCGAGAGCAAGCGUGCCUUGAAGAAGAGGAAGCGGGACGAGUCUUUGUAAAACACUGGGUGUCUCCCUUGAUGAGAAAAGGACGAUCAUGACGACAACACAAGCAAAAAUCAUUGAACAAAAACAAUUACCAAGCGAACUACCACGACGGAAUGAUCCUUUUUAUGACGUGAACCAAGAGAGCUUCUUCACCCAGCAGACCACUAUUUGUUCCAUGGGUUCCUCGCUCUACUUGGACAACCAUGGACCAGCGUAGGAGCUCAAGACUGUGUAUGUGUACCGAGGAGAUGGUCAGAAAAGUGCGCUAGAUUCUUUUAAACCUUUCACACCACAUGUAUUCUAAAGGCUUUCAGAAUGGGGGAAAGGGAAGUGUGGCAGGGAAUUGAGAAGAGUGUGCAGCAAGAGAAGAGGAUGGUGAUGAUGACCUCUUUUUUUCUUACCAACACACAUUGUGACAACACUAUUUUGACUUUCUUUUCUGCUUUUCGUCUUCCUACACUCGUUUUUGAUCUGCCAUCUCGAGAAGAUUGACUUGGCGGAGGAGAAGCAGACAUGAUUGAUCAGCAGCCAUUACCGCCACCACUAUCGUACCAUUGCAUCACAACUGGGUUGUCUUUGCCUUGGUCCGUGGGUGGUGGUUCUAUGUAUAUGUACCACUAAGUAUUCGCACUGCAUACUAUCAUUACGAUUUGUACUAUUAUGAAUUGAUUGGAACAUUGAUAAUGCAUUGGUUGAAUGAAUCCAUCUGAGAUGGACUAACAGUA